GAAAAAAGUAACAUUUUCUUUUCCUCUUUAGUGUCCCUUCAAAUCCCUACAGCAAUCUAUAUAUUUUCUACUUAGUUUAUGGGUCUGCUGCAGAAUCUGCGAAUUCAAAGAUUUGACUUCAAGAAUUUUGCUUGAAAUAUGAAAAUUGAAUUCUUGAUUUUCUCUUAGGGUUCUUGGAAGUUUCUUCAAUGGCGAUGAGAGGAGUUGAUUUUAAAUGGUAUGAUGGGUUCUUCCUGUCAAUGCUGGCUACUAGUAUAAUCAUUGUAGCUAUCAACUGGAAACGAUACCAUCUUUGUAUAUACCCAUUGCAUAUCUGGAUCGUGGUUGACUAUACAGCAGUGUUUGUGUUUCGGCUGUUGAUGUUUGUAGAUAAUGGACUUGCUGCUGGAAUGGGAUUGGAUUUUGGUUGGCAGCAAAGAUAUGGUCGGUUUUGUGGAAGAAUAGCUGUUCUUUCAGUUCUUGCCUUGCUUCUUUACCCCUUUCUUUGGGCUUGGACCAUCAUUGGGACGUUAUGGUUCACUAGUGCAAGAAACUGCCUUCCAGAAGAAGGCCAAAAGUGGGGCUUCCUAAUAUGGUUGCUGUUCAGCUACUGUGGACUCAUGUGCAUAGCUUGCAUAUCGACAGGGAAGUGGUUAGCUAGAAGGCAAGCCCAUUUAUUGCGCGCUCAACAAGGAAUUCCUAUUUCAGAAUUUGGGGUGUUAGUUGACAUGAUCAGAGUGCCAGAUUGGGCAUUUGAAGCUGCUGGCCAGGAGAUGAGAGGUAUGGGCCAAGAUGCUACUUCAUACCAUCCAGGACUUUAUUUGAGCCAAGCUCAGAGAGAAGCAGUGGAGGCGCUCAUUCAAGAACUUCCUAUGUUCAGGAUGAAGGCUGUUCCUACAGACUGCAGUGAGUGCCCUAUCUGUUUGGAAGAGUUUGAUGUCGGAAAUGAGGUCCGUGGUCUCCCUUGUGCUCACAACUUUCAUGUUGCAUGCAUUGAUGAAUGGCUUCGCCUAAACGUGAAAUGCCCUAGAUGCCGUUGUUCUGUUUUUCCAAAUCUUGAUCUCAGUGCUUUGUCAAAUAUCCCUGCUGAUCUAGAAAGGUCAUCAACCAACGUCUUGACAGCAGCCCGGUAUGUGAGAUCCCAACCUUCCAGCCAGAGCUAUCUGCUGAGAUUGCAAGGUUUUCUCCGCCCUGUGCGCACAGAGGAUGCUGGUCCAAGCAGCGAGGAAAAUGCAGCUGCUCAAUCAAGAGUUGAGAACGGAGCCCCAACAUCAGCACCUGACAACGAUAGAAAUGUAGAGCAUGUGGAAGUCGUGGUGGAGCAUUCUCCAAGACAGCUGUAACUAUUUGUUCAAAUGUUCUAACUUUGCAGGCACUGAUAUUUUUUGUCAACCUCUAGUCAAUGUUGAGUGUUGUAGUGGCUUCUAACAGUAAUUAGAUUGCUAAAACUAGUGUAUGAGCCGAUGGAAGGAAACAGCUACAACAAUAUCUGUUUUUGGCCUGCUUGUUUUGAUGUAAAUUUUGCAUUGAUCUCUUUGAUGCAUAGUGGUGUCCUUAAUUCGCUUAAAUAGAA